AGUCGUUGAGAUGAGACGUUUGGUUGACAUGUCCACUAACAGAAGUCUUUUUGUUUCGAUUGGUUUUCUCAAUGCAACAAAUAUUUUAUUGUCGUCUAGUAGCGAUUUCUUCAAAUAUCCAGCCGAGGGCAGUUUAUGCAAGUUCUGUUUAUUGAAACGUUCGAGAAACUGGGUUUCUACUUGGCAUACAUUUCGAAAGCCCAAAGGAAGCCAUAUUUUAUCAUUUGUCUGUAGUUCAGCAACGAAUGAUACAGUAAGUGAACUUCCUAAGGAGCCCUGUCCUUUCCUUUCCCUUCCCAUCGAGAGAAACUGCCUCUGUGAACAAAUAGAUAAGAGCAAAGUUGGAAGUGAACUUAUUCUACAAGGCUGGGCGCAAUCUGUCCGAAAUAAAGGCAAUAUUAUCUUUAUUAUAUUGAGAGACCGAUCUGGAACCGUUCAGUGCACAGUUGAUCAACGCUGUGAAGAUAAUGUAAGGUUGAUAGCUAGUAAAAUUAGAAUAGAAUAUGUCAUUUCUGUCAAAGGCAUUUUAUGUCACAGAGAAGAGUUUGCUAUCAAUCAUACAGUUCCUAAUGGAGAGUUCGAAGUGGUCGUUCAACAGUUGGAUAUACUUGCUUCUACUUUACCCAUUCCGUUUGCGAUAACUCCGGGCAAAACAAAGGAAGAAGAUAUAAGCGAAGAGGUACGGUUGCGUUACCGUUAUUUGGAUUUGAGAAGAAGGCAGAUACAAUCCAAUCUCAUCACUCGUCAUCGAGUUUGUAUGUUAGUUAGAGCUUAUUUGGAUUCCUUUGGAUUCAUUGAAAUAGAAACUCCAUAUCUUACAAAGUCAACAGCCGAAGGUGCCAGGGACUAUAUUAUACCUUCAAGAGUACAUCCUGGAAAGUGUUAUGCACUUCCACAAUCACCGCAGUUGUAUAAACAAAUUUUGAUGACAGCCGGAAUGGAAAAAUAUUUUCAAAUCACUCGUUGUUUUCGUGAUGAGGAUCUUCGUUUCGACCGCCAACCCGAAUUUACUCAGAUUGAUUUAGAAAUGUCCUUUGUGGAUAGAGAGCACGUUAUGAAUGUUUCGGAAAGCCUUAUUAGAAAAGUUUUCAAGGAGAUUAUACAUUAUGAAAUUGGAAAAAUACCUGUAAUGGAUUACCGAGAUGCUAUACGUUAUUAUGGUGUAGAUGCUCCAGACCUUCGAUUCGAUAUGCAAUUAUUUGAUAUUACUUAUACUCGUGAGGUUCAAAGUUGUGAAUGGGAAUUGGUCAGUGAGAGAAUCCGACGAGGAGAAAUCAUAAAAGGUUUUAUUAUUCCUGAAAAGUCAACAUGGAUGACUAGGAAACGCAUAGAUGAGUAUAAGAACUUUGUAAAAGACUAUGGAUUGGAAACUUUAUUGUAUGGAAAAAUAGAAGAGAAUGGUGACAUAGAAGGUCCUUUGAAGAAAUUGACAGAAAGAGUGGAGUCCAAUUCAAAUAGCGACACAAUAGGAAAUGCAUUGCGUUUAUUGAAUAUCAACUUAACAGCAGGAGACUUUAUUUUGCUUGGUUUAGGUAAGCCGCCUUGUGUUAAUAAUGGUUUGGGAAAACUUCGAGUUCGAGUUGCUAAGGAUAUGCAAAUUGUUCCUAAAGAAAGCUUUUCUCUCUGUUGGGUGGUCCAUUUUCCUUGUUUUGAAUACGAUACGGUUCUACAACGCUGUGUUGCAGUUCAUCAUCCCUUUACUAGUCCAGUUGCGGAGGAUAUUCCUCUUAUCUAUGAGAACAACCUUGAUUCUAUUUUGAGUAUACGAGCAGCAAGUUACGAUUUGGUUUGUAAUGGUCAGGAGAUUGGAGGAGGUUCGAUCCGUAUUCAUUCGCCACAAUUACAACAACAAGUAUUUCAUCUCUUAGGUAUGCCCUACGAACAACAACGAGAAAUGUUUGGAUUUCUUCUCGAUGCUUUGUCUUACGGAACGCCACCUCAUGGAGGAAUUGCUUUUGGUUUGGAUCGAUUACUAAUGCUUUUGACUGGUUCAGAAAAUAUACGAGACGUUAUUGCUUUUCCCAAAACAACUUCAGCUCUAGAACUCAUGAGUGGAGCUCCAGAAAAAGUAUCCAAAGAACAACUAGACGAACUUCAUAUUGCCUGGAAAGAUGAAAUAGCCAAUAAGACAUAUGAGGAGUGACAAAGGCCAAGUUUCAAUAUCUGCAGAAUAAUACAACUCUUUAUUUGUCAUCUUUAGUUGAUUGUUUAUGCGUACUCAGAGUCGUUACGUCGUUGAUGCCGAAAAGUUCUUCCUACUCAUAGUUAAACUUGUAAAGACUAUUGGAAAAAUUUGGCUUACUNAAGUUUGGCCUGCUCUUUGAUAAGUUCCACCCUGUUUCGAUAUUUCUGGACAAGGCCUAUAAACUUUAAUAGGCCACCAAUUCCAAAUAGCUCCCAAACCUCCAACUAUACGUCCCUUCCCAUCGCAACCCUUUAUGACUCCAUUUUCACGACCACAACCCAAGCAACUUUGUUCUAAAGCUCUCCAUACAAGGUUAUUAUUCUUAUAACAGGCCGUCUUUCUUCUCGGUUGUAUGUGGUGUGAGGCAAUUCCGAGUGACAGAAAAGUAAGUAACAUUUUACAAUUCUAAAGGAGAUGAAACGUAAUCUCCAUAAUAUGGCAUUAGUCUUGAUUCAAAACAAUUUUUUUGAUACAAGACGAUGUUGUUUUAUUUUGCAAACAAAUAGAUGAAUAUAGUAUAGAAUUUUAUAUACCAUAAAAUAUAUAACCAAAUUGUUUU